AUGUCCGCUGAUGAUCAAAUUUUGUCUUACGGAUGUGUGAAUUUGACAAGAGGUGAUCUUGGCUUGCUCGAGAAAGGUCAAUGGAUCAAUGAUCGGCUUCUUUCGUUUGCCGCUGAAUGGCUCAUGGAUGAUGCAGAUGAGCAUACGAAAAAAGUGGUAUACAUAUUCGCGCCACCUGAAUGCGAAAUUUUGAAGAUGAUGGGCACUCCUGAAGCGGCAAUUGAAUGCUUCCAAGCGUUGGAUCUCACUAAUAAACAAAUUAUUAUGUUCAUGCUGAAUGACAAUGUCGACGCAACGAAUCAAUGUGGAGGCUCGCAUUGGACCUUGUUGGUCUACGAACGAGCUCAAGAUCGGUUCUUGCAUUUUAACUCAGCGCCGACUUCUACUCAAAACUCCUAUUGGGCCAAAAAAAUCGUGGACAAUUGCACGGAUGAUCAGUUCCUGAAAAUUCGGAUUCGCACACCUUAUGCGAAAAUUCAAGAAGCUGAGGUUGAUUAUGGCGAUGACAUGUUCAUCUUCUCGUGUGCGCCGUACUAUUUGAGGCUGCAUUUGAAACAAAGAGUUCGUGAAGUCGCUGAACGACAACCAUCAAUCGAAUUCAACGAUGAGAAAAGCGAAUUUAUGAUAACAAUUGAAAAAUUGCAUCAUGGCGAGAAAUUUGAAUGCCUUGACAUGGUCACCGAAUUGCUUCGACCGCAACGCGAAAUUCAUGGAAGGGAAAUGGUUGAAGAAAUUGAAGACGAAGAAAAUCAAGAAAUUGGUGACGAUGAAGAAGAUGAUGAGAAUGCAUUUCUUCAUCCGCAAGAGGUUCGAGAUGUUGAGAAGGAGAUCAGACUUAAAGAGCCGAUGGCAAAAGACUUUGGAUAUGGAUUCGCAUGGAAGAAAAUUGGAGUGAUUGAACGUUUACGUGACGAAAUUGGAAAUAUUCUAGAUUUGGAGAACCCGGAAUGUUGCGAAAUUUCAAAUCGCCUGGAAAAAUGCGCGCUAUACGAUAUGGAAAAUUUCGAUGAAGAAAGAUACUUAGCUGACACAUUGGAUCCUGACGAUGAACUUUUGUCUAUUUUAAAUGCAGAUUUUGAAAUGGAACUGAAAAUUUCUGAUGAUAAUAUUGCGAAAUUAAAAGAUUUGAAAGUGAAAAAAUUGCCGAAACUUACCGAAAAAGAGCAAAAAUGUGUUGCUCUUGGACUGAUCGACAUGAUUUUUGCAUUUUGCUAUGAACAACGAGUAAAUGGAUGGGAAAUGACGUGCGAAUCCGGUUGGACGUUGAGAAAAUUAUCACCAACAUUAUCGUAUUUGGUGAGAUAUGAGACUGCAAAGCAAGCACUUGCAUUCGCUGUUCGCAGAAGCCUUUGCUAUCCUCUAUACCGAAAUUUUGAUUUGGCUCAGAAGAUUGUAGAAGACCUCAAAAUUGUAUUUAAACAUGGAAAAGGCGCAUUGGUGCACAUUCUCACGGAGAUCCAUAACGCGUUCGUCUCAUCUGGUGAAUUCCGAUAUAUUUUCAAUGAUUUGUUCAUCACGGAUUACUUGAUUUGGAUUCAAGCUGUCGAUGAUGCAGUUAUUGGAGACCUUGCAAAGGAAAUUGAAAAUAUAGAAAAAGUUCGGUUCAUUUUUGAGUAUCGAUUGAGAAUGCCGAAUAUUCAGGUGGAAAAGCAGGAUACGAUGUUGCCUUUGGAUAUGCUUGAACUCGUUGGGAAAAUCGAAGAAACCGAAUUGGACAGUGAUGACGAGCCCAUCUCAUAA